AUGCACACAGCUGGUUCUUUUCAUGACCGCCAGACGCUGACUAACACCACGGAGGUUAGUUCCUUUGAAAUUAGCUCUUUAUCUCAGAUUACAGUGUCCGUAAUUUUGGGCUUGCUAAUUCUGACAACAGUUAUCGGGAACCUCUUUGUUAUCGCAGCUAUCAUGAUUGAGAAGAAUUUACACUCUGUAGGAAAUUAUUUGGUCCUGUCAUUGGCUGUAGCAGAUUUAAUGGUGGCCUGCCUAGUGAUGCCCUUAAGCGCUGUGUACGAGGUUACUCACGAAUGGAAGCUGGAUCCCGAGCUAUGUGACGUAUGGACGUCUUGUGACGUCCUCUGCUGCACUGCCUCCAUAUUACAUUUACUAGCCAUUGCCAUGGACAGAUAUUGGGCAAUAACUCAAGUCAACUACGCCCAACAACGUAGUCGUCGUCGGAUUGGAGUACUGAUUCUCUCAGCGUGGUGUGUGGCCCUAGUCGUGUCCGUCGCUCCUGUCUUCGGUUGGAAGGAUGCCGAGUUUAAAAGGAGGAUAGAAGUGGAGAAACGUUGUCUCUUGAGCCAAGAUCUAGCUUACCAGAUCUUCGCUACUUGUUCCAGUUUCUACCUCCCUCUCGUGGUCAUACUCAUCUUGUACUGGAAGAUCUUCCAGGUCGCUAGGAAGCGAAUUCGUCACAAACCAGGAUCCAAAGCAAUCAUUGUGCUUAAAAAUACACAUUCAACAACUGAAACGUGUCCAAACAGCCCACAGAAAAGCUCCAUCAAUACUAAUGGCAUAACUUCCACAUCCCCUGGUGGUAUUACCCGAUUGGUGGCUCUGGCCAAGCGAGACCACAAACAAAGACGUGAGAGUAUCCAAUCCCGGAGGGAACGAAAAGCGGCUAAGACGUUGGUUAUUAUUACGGGAGUAUUCGUGAUUUGUUGGUUGCCAUUCUUCGUUAUGGCUCUGUUGAUGCCCAUCUGUAGUUCCUGCGAGCUCAGCGACAUGCUCUUCAGUUUCUUUUUGUGGCUAGGCUAUAUCAACUCGAUGCUAAAUCCAAUCAUUUAUACCAUAUUCAGUCCAGAUUUUCAGAAUGCUUUUAAGCGUAUCUUGUGUGGUAAAAAGAGAACCGUUAUAUCGAGACCGACAUAA